AUGGCACAGAUAUUGGCACCUUCAAUGCAAUGGCAGAUGAAAAUCACAAACAACUCAACCAGUGCAAGACCCAUAACAGCAAAGAUGUGGAAUUCUUUACUGUUGAAUCAGAAAAGAAGAGGAAAUGCUAUAGGUUCUGGUAACUUUAGAGUCUUGGCUGUUAAGUCUGAAAACAGCACUAUAAACAGGUUGGAGAAUUUGUUAAAUCUUGACAUUACGCCCUACACCGAUAAGAUCAUUGCCGAGUACAUCUGGAUUGGAGGGAGUGGGAUUGAUCUACGUAGCAAAUCCAGAACCAUCUCAAAGCCUGUAGAACACCCUUCUGAGCUCCCCAAAUGGAACUAUGAUGGAUCGAGCACAGGGCAAGCCCCUGGCGAGGACAGUGAAGUAAUUCUAUACCCUCAAGCAAUUUUCAAAGACCCUUUCCGAGGUGGCAACAAUAUCUUGGUAAUUUGCGACACAUAUACCCCACAAGGAGAGCCUAUCCCAACAAACAAAAGAUAUAGGGCUGCUCAAAUCUUCAGUAACCCAAAGGUCAUUGCUGAAAUACCAUGGUAUGGUAUUGAACAAGAAUACACCUUACUCCAAACAAAUGUGAAGUGGCCUUUGGGUUGGCCUGUUGGAGGCUAUCCUGGUCCCCAGGGUCCCUACUACUGUGCUGCUGGAGCAGACAAGUCAUUUGGGCGUGACAUAUCCGAUGCACACUACAAGGCUUGUUUGUAUGCUGGGAUCAAUGUUAGUGGUACUAAUGGGGAGGUGAUGCCUGGCCAGUGGGAAUACCAAGUGGGUCCUAGUGUGGGGAUUGAGGCUGGAGAUCAUGUAUGGUGUUCCAGAUAUAUUCUUGAGAGAAUUACUGAACAAGCUGGUGUUGUUCUCACCCUUGAUCCAAAACCAAUAGAGGGAGACUGGAAUGGUGCAGGAUGUCACACUAAUUACAGUACAAAGAGCAUGAGAGAGGAUGGAGGCUUUGAAGUAAUAAAGAAGGCAAUUCUGAAUCUGUCACUUCGCCACAAAGAUCACAUCAGUGCCUAUGGAGAAGGAAAUGAGAGAAGGUUGACAGGGAAGCACGAAACGGCCGACAUUAACACUUUUUCUUGGGGGGUAGCUAAUCGCGGUUGCUCAAUCCGUGUCGGUCGUGAAACUGAGAAACAAGGAAAAGGUUACUUGGAAGAUCGCCGUCCAGCUUCGAACAUGGACCCAUAUGUUGUGACUGGAUUGCUAGCUGAGACUACAAUAAUUUGGGAGCCCACACUUGAGGCUGAAGCUCUUGCUGCCCAGAAGUUGUCGUUAAAGGUCUGAAGGAACUUGUUGAAGAUGGUUUGAGGGGACUUGAAGACAUCAUCAGUUGGGAUCACUUGGUCUCACCCUUUAAUGAAGCUCCUCUGUUUCUUAUUUCUUCUUUUGUUUCUUGAGCUGGGGAAGAUCUCCUGUAAAUGAAGAUCCAAUGAGGACUUGGUCAUGUUAAAACUAGAUGAAAUACCUCCAACGGGGCACCAUGAUGAGCCCAUCAAUAGGUUUCUGCAAUUUGAAGGCAUUUGCAUUUUCUUUUUCCAAAUGUUUGGGCAAAGGGUUGAAAGGAAUGUUGAACUAUUGUUCUCUAGACAUUUUGGCUUAGCUAUUU